AUGCGUCUCCUUCUCGCCCUUUUUUCCCUCCUCUCCGUUGCCGUCGCUCAGUUCGGCUUCUUCGACCAGAUGUUCAACGCUGGCCAACAGCAGCAACAGCAGCAGCAGCAAGGCGGCGGCAACAGCCCAAGCGACGCCAACCGCUACCGUCUUCAAUACCAGGGUUCCGUUUGCGACAAGUACCUCUGCCCAGACACGCUCGCCUGCGUGCACUUCCCGCACCACUGCCCCUGCGCCUGGGACGCCAACGAGGAAAAAUUUGAGCUCGCCGAAGGUAGAAGAAUAUGCGUCUCCCGCGUCGGUUCCCAGUCGAGCAGCACGGCGCGCAAGCUGGAGUUGGCGCGCAAGGGCCUUAUAUGA